UGCCUAGUGUGAGGAAAAUUAGGGGCGGCUGGCUUGUCUGUUCGAGUGGAAGCUGCCUUGACUGCAGUGGGGAAAUUCCUAAAUUGUUUUUGUUUUCUUAGUCCUAUUUCGACUAGUUUUCGUUGAUUAGUAAUGCCAACGAGUGUCGUUAGCUAGUAUCUAGGUGACUUGAGGUCUUCAACCACUAUGACAGGUGAAACGAUACGCGCCGCCCGCAAGGAGCAUUUCAAAGGCAACAAAAAUGCACAAGCCGUCGACUCGUUCGAUGAGACUUCCAACGGGACCGGUCACCAUUUUAAGUCCAACAAGGCUUUCCUGAAAUCGGCCAAACCGUCGUCACUGCACCAGCACCAGCACCAGCAGCAGCAUCUGAAUGCAAACAACCUGAACAGCAACGCGUCUUUUGUCAACGACGACAAUAAAAAUCCGAUCAUCGUCACCAACGAAGAUUUCCCGGUGCACGAGUGCGUGUUCAAAGGGGACGUGAGACGGCUCUCCUCCCUCAUCAGGACCCAUAGCAUUUCUCAGAAAGACGUGCACGGUAAUACACCUCUCCAUCUUGCUGUUAUGCUCGGCCACAAAGAAUGUGCCCUUCUUCUUCUGGCCCACAAUGCACCGGUAAAGAUGAAGAAUGCACAGGGUUGGAGCCCUCUGGCAGAAGCCAUCAGCUACGGCGAUAGACAAAUGAUCACGGCAAUACUGCGCAAAUUAAAGCAGCAAUCCAGGGAGAGCGUGGAGGACAAAAGGCCAAAAUUACUCAAAGCCCUUCGGGAGCUGGGUGACUUUUAUCUGGAGCUGCAUUGGGAUUUUCAAAGCUGGGUGCCUCUGCUGUCUCGGAUGCUCCCCUCUGAUACUUGUAAAAUCUACAAGCAGGGCAUCAAUAUCAGGCUGGACACCACCCUCAUCGACUUCAUCGACAUGAAGUGUCAGCGAGGAGACCUCAGUUUUAUCUUCAACGGCGCGGCGCCGCCCUCCCAGUCCUUUGUGGUGUUGGACAACGAAGCGAGAGUCUACCAAAGAAUACACCACGAGGAGUCUGAGAUGGAGACGGAGGAGGAGGUGGACAUCUUGAUGAGCAGCGACGUCUACUCGGCCACCUUGUCCACUAAGUCCAUCACCUUCUCGCGCACGCAGAGUGGCUGGCUCUUUAGGGAGGACAAAACUGAGCGGGUUGGCAACUUCCUGGCGGACUUCUACGCCGUCAACGGUCUGGUGCUGGAGUCCAGGAAGAGGCGCGAGCACCUGAGUGAAGAGGACAUCCUCAGGAACAAAGCCAUCAUGGAGAGUCUCAGCAAAGGCGGCAGCAUCAGCGAGCAUAACUUUGAGUCUGUGAGGAGGCAGUCACUCUCAGCGCCGGCCCCCAACACCAUUUCCUGGGAAGAAUACAUCACGGCAGAACACGGAAUGCCUCCUCAUGUGGGCAGAGAGCUGGUGUGCAAGGAGAACAAGAAGCACUUCAAAGCCACCGUAGCCAUGAGCCAGGACUUCCCUCUGGGCAUCGAAUCUCUACUGAACGUGCUGGAGGUGGUUGCUCCCUUCAAGCACUUCAACAAACUACGGGAAUUCGUCCAGUUGAAACUGCCGCCCGGCUUUCCCGUCAAACUCGAUAUCCCCGUGUUCCCGACCAUCACGGCCACCGUCACCUUCCAGGAGUUCCACCACGACCAUUUUGAGGGCUCAUUCUUUGUUAUCCCCUCCGACUUUAAAGAAGACCCCAGCCGCUUUCCGGACCUUUGACCGCCUGCAAACACAACACUUUAUUUCAAAUACAUACAGACAAGCAUACUGUAUUUCUCAAAAUGGCAGCAGAGGGACAGAUCUUUAUAGAGGGAGGAUAAUACUCAACAUUAUGUCGAGGGAGCUUAAAAUGAAUGAAAUUAAAAAAAGAUUUAAGUUAACAUUCAGCCCAGAGUUGGUUUAUGUGCUGCUGUUUUGGUCAGCAAAAAUGUUCACAUAGGUUUACUUGUUAAUGAACACAAUUACUUAUGACACCAGUUUUUUUUUUCCUGAUAAGAGAAAAAGUGAGGUGUUAAGCGAAUAGGCAGACUUGAGGAAAUCUGCUUUCUAUGUUACGAAGGGCAGCCAGUUAAUGGGCAGCCAUUUUGUUGCUGGAUCCAAACCAAUGCGUUCAUGCUGCUAUUCUUAAAGGACUCACUAUAUUGAUAUUCUCAUUUAUUUUAAGUGUCCUAAGUCCUGACACGGUCUUGUAAAUAGUUUUGUCUCCUCGGCAAACAAAAUACGUUAUCGGUUAUAUUAUAUCUCUAAGCUUAAUUAUGCAUUUGUGCAUAUAUGUACUGUACGUAUAUGUCUCUCUACUCAUGGAAUUCAAGUGUGUAGCAAUACAUUGACGAUACGCAAGAAUGUUUUAAAAAUGACCUCCAAAAGGUGUUCAUUUUCCACAUUCAGGUUAGCUCACGUUUACCUCCUACUCCUUGCUCGUCCGUCUUUUCCAUUGUUGUGUCAGAAGAUUGUAGCACGUGCGGGACUUUUCAGGUUUAUUGUCGUUGGCGUCGAGCUCCGCUGUUGAUGGUUCGGUUAAGUCUGUCACCCCUUCAAACUCCUUUCAGUGCUGAUGGGAGCUUUUCUCUUUUGUAUAAACCAAGCUGUGAAGUUACUGGCACUCAUAUUUGCUUGGCAAAGGCACCAGCGUCACAUUUCACUUGUCAUCAACUUCACCUAUGAAAGCCUGUUUAAAAUGUCCUAUUAAAUAUGUAAAUAUGCA